UUACUUUACGGCAAAGAUGGGCCUUCUACAAGUACAGUGUUUUUUUUUUCUCUGUGUUCAUGUUUGGAACAUUUGGUGAUUUAUCUUUAAUUGAAAACAAAGCUUCUGAUUAAAGUGGUCAGUUACCUAGUACCGUAUCGGGUAAAGCGUCUAACGUCUUACGUGACAUUCUGAAUCAGGAAAGCCUGGUCCGCUUCUCUAUGGUACAAAAGAUACAAAGUCUAGUGAUGGAUGCUAUAGACAACAAAAAAGAUGGACAAGUUAUAAGGGAAAAGCUUAGUGAAGUGACAAAGGAAUUACAGGAUUUGGAGACUAAAAACCAAAUUAUGGAGGAAGAAAAUAUCAAACUUAAAGAGGAAUUAAAGGUGAUGUACGGGACACUGAAUAACAAUAGAAACUUUACAAAGGAAGAAAUUAAAUAUCUUGACCAGAUGAUUGAAAACAAAACUUUAGCUCUUCAAAAUCAGAAUCAUAAAUUAGCCUUGAAAAAUGCAGAUUUUGAAAAACAGCUUGAUAUGUUAAAUAAGACAACAAAGAAGAUGGAAAGUGACUUGAGAAAAGAUAUACAGACAUUAAAGAUGAAGGACCAGAGAACAAUGGAGAAAAUAAAAGCACUAAAUGAAUCGCAAAUAGUUUCCGAUCCCCAAAUUAAGGUUUUCAAAUAUCAAAUGAAUGAAAUGAAUGUAACAUUACAGAAAUGCAGUGUAAACAGUCUUUUUGAACGUGUUAAAAAGACAGAGUACGAGUUAGAAAACUUCCCCGUCUCUGUAAAUGAUACUCUACACACUGUUUGUAGGGAUCUCAAUGAAUCCGACUGGAUCUUGUCAAAAGUGCUUUCGAAGGACUGUUGGGACAUUUUACAGAAAUACCCAAGUUUAAUGGGAAGGAACGGAGUAUAUAGAAUAUCCAUAGCCUCUGAGGUCAAGGCUGUUUACUGCGACAUGAGUACUGAUGGCGGAGGCUGGACGGCAAUACAAAGACGGAAGGACAAUUCUACAGAUUUUUACCGAACUUGGCGAGAUUACAAACAAGGAUUUGGUGAUCCAUCUAAGAACUACUGGAUUGGAAAUGACGCCAUCUAUGAGUUGACAAAGAACAAGGACCAGGAACUCCGGGUUGAGCUACAAAGUUUUGAUGGCGCUGAAGCAUACGCUCAUUAUUCCACAUUUUAUGUCGGAGAUAAGUACAAUAAAUACGUACUCACUGUAUCGGGGUAUUCAGGAACCGCAGGGGAUAGUUUGGCUUAUCACAGUGGAUAUAAAUUCAGCACCACGGAUCAGGACAAUGACGGGAGUAGUCGUCACUGUGCUGCAUCAUAUCACGGAGCCUGGUGGUACAAAUCCUGUCACGACUCAAACCUUAACGGACAGUACACACAGUCUGCUCUGACUGGUGGCAAAUACCCGGUAUGGCAAGGCUGGAAAGGACGUGAAGCGCUACAAACGACUUUGCUGAUGAUCAGACACCAAAACUAAAGAGUUUUAAAAUACAUAUUCAGUCCUGACAAGAAUGAUGAUUAAUAAAUUAAAUACUGUUCUCUUAUCAAAUAAAUAGUAUAAACAAC